AUGUUCUCACAUAAGAGAAAAGCAUCUCCAGACGCAGAAGGUCCUGAAGCAUCUUCCUCUUAUAGUCAUCUUACCACUUCUGAAACCAGAGGCACAAAAUCAAGCAUACAGCAAGUUCCAAAAAAGCGAGCAUGCUCACACACUAUAGUCUCCAAGCCCAACGAAGAUUUCACUACGGCAGCAGAGACCAAGACAGAUUCCACUUCUCACGACGCUUCAAAUAAAUUUCGACAACCUACUACACAUUCCCCUAGCCUCAUUCGUUCCGAUAUUACCGCAGCAAAAGCCACCAAGCAAAAAAUCAGCGUAGAAGCAUGGGACAAAGCAAUCGAGACCAACAAGAAGACCGUCGCCCUCGCCGAAACGCACCGUCUCCGCGAAGCCGAGAAGUACCCGCCGCAACAAACUCCUACCCAUGCUACCCGACGGCAAGACACUCUUUACACGACUUUUUCUCCCAGCGACUGGGUUUGUCGCCAGAUGUGGACUUCACAAUCACAGGAGAUGGAGUUGCGCUCAACCCACUUCGAUGGCAAUGUCGAGUUUCGCAUUUGGCCAGAGCCGAGGGAUUGGGAUUCGUUUGAGAAGUAUCCGAGGGCUGGAAGGAAGAAUUUGGUGAGAGCGAGGGAGUUUGUGGUGUUCUGGCUUUGGGAUUAUCGUGAGAGGAUUUGGCAGUAUACUUCGAAUAAGGCUUCUUUGAAAAGUUGUUUGGAGAUGUUUGUUCAUGGGGAGGAUGAACAGAAAUAUCAGGAUUUUCUUGCUAGGCCGAUGUAA